UCCAAAAUGGCGGCAGCUAAGGAUGUGGAUACCCCGAGCGGCACCAACAGCGGCGCGGGCAAGAAGCGCUUUGAAGUGAAAAGCUUGAAAGCAGUAGCCCUCUGGUCCUGGGACAUUGAGGUUGAUAACUGUGCCAUCUGCAGGAACCACGUUAUGGAUCUUUGCAUAGAAUGUCAGGCGAACCCGGGAUCUGCCACUUCUGAAGAGUGCACCGUCGCGUGGGGAGCCUGUAAUCAUGCUUUUCACUUGCACUGCAUCUCUCGCUGGCUCAAAACACGGCCCGUGUGUCCGCUGGACAGCAGAGACUGGGAAUUCCAAAAGUACGGAAAAUAG